AUGAAAACACUUCAUCAUUUGAUUACUGAUGAUAUUGAUGACAAUGAUUACUUAAGAAUUAUAUUUGACAUUUCACAUUCCUUUCAACGUGAAGAACUUGUAAUUGUUCCACGAACAAAAGGUGGAUUUUCAUAUGGGUAUGUUGAUUCAAUGAAACAAGAAAACCGAUGUCCAUUCAAUUAUAGUUAUGAACACAACUCAGUAUUUUGGACAAUUAAGUUUUAUCACACUGAUACAAAAACAUCUCGUAAAACAUUACCUGCAUCAAAAAUAGGUAAAUUAUCAAGUGUUCCAAGAAAACCAAAUGGUGAUGAGGGAGAGCUUAGCCCAGAAGAAUAUAGACAUGUAGUAUAUGAUGAAGAAGCUGUUCUUCAAUCAACAACUGUUGUUUGUCCAAGUAUUAAUGGUGGAUUAAUCUAUUGUAUUGGUGUUUUACCUAAACCAAUUAAAUGUAAAUGUGGAGAUCAUAUGGUUGAUGGAUUAAUUGUUGAGAAUGGAAUCCAAGAAAUGGCAUUUCCCUUAAGUGCUGUUGGGGUUAUACUUACUGACGAUUUAAGAAAACGAAUUAUUAUUGAUGGUGCUAAUGUUGCUUAUUAUAAAAGCCAAGGAAAUACAUUUGAAAUUACUCUUCUUCUUAAUGCCAUUGAUUAUUAUGAGAAGAAAAAUUAUGAGGUGACAACCAUUCUUGAUUCAAGAGUCUUACAAACUCUUAAGAAACAAAACACAACUCCUCCAAAUAAAAGCUUAAAUAAACUAAUUAAAAAAAAAAUAGUUACAUCAACAAAUAUUUCUACAAGUAAUUAUAGCAUUGAAUAUGCCAUGUCAAAACAUGCUGUUAUUUUAUUAAAUGAAAACCCUCACGAUAAAGUAUCUUCUACAAACCAAAAAGCAGAAAUUGAUGAAUGGUUAAAAAUUCAUCAAAUUUCAUUUGUGUUUGAUAAUGAUUUAUUUAUUCCAAAUCCUGAUUUUAAAUAUCCAUUUAACUGA